AUGAUCCCGAAUAGUGAUAUUCAGGUAAUCAAAGGGGAUAAAGGAACAGUGUCUGCCAUGACGUUGCGCAUGCAAAGGGAAUGUGAGAUGGCCACUGGAGAAGAAGGGUGUGCUGACUUCAGAGGCGCCAUCCAGGGCGUGUCGCAGGGUGCGCUGCGCAUGCGGAAGGCUCUGCUACCACAGACGCAGGCGGCCGACUGCACUCCCCAGGACGCCUUGCGGCUACCAGAGCAGGAGGCAGCAUUACGCGAGACAGUGCGUCAGAUGGAACACCUGCUGCAGGAAAAUAACGAGAACAUUCGUGCUCUACGCCAAGAACUGGAUGUCCGAAUGCGAGGAGUAGAGAGAAGGCUGGACUUCCUAGAAGAACAAUUUAGACGCUUUCAGGGAAUAGAAGAAAGGGAAGAGGGUGUAAGGCAGGGGUCGAAAGAGCUGCUAGAGAGAGAUGGGGUGAAGACUUCUGCUGAGAGUUCAUUGGGCACUGUGUUUCCGCGCGUAGAUGCCCUUGUGGCGGAGCUAGAAAAGCGUUUGCCGCUAGGGGUGCCUUGUGCACUUCCCUCUGCUGCCUGUUCAUCCUCCGUCUCCUCUCACAGCUCCGACGCUGGCUCUUCCCACCUCCGGCCGCCCUCCCUUAGCGCUGUCGGGGCGACUGCCACCAAACCAGAAGCGGCGGGCGCUCGGAAGGAGCCCGCUUCCAGCUGUCAACCGGCACGGACCACGAAGCAAGAGCGCGAGAGGCAACAGGAGGAGCUCCGAUUGCGACAGGCCUCUGCGAAGGUGGAGAGAGCCCUCGCAGCUCUUGGGCUUGCGUGAGGUGGCAAGCGAAGGAAGAGAGGAGAGCGUUCGCCAUUCCACUUCUAGAUUGCUAGCUCAGUGAAGAACAGAGGGAUUCUCCCCAUCACUAGCACCACACUGCCUUUGAGAACGCACUCGUAUUAGCAGACAAUGUGGGUAUCCAGGUAAUGAUAUGAACGCCAUCAAAGACACUAUUGUGAUUCGUAACUGCUCGUGAUGAAUUAAAUUUGUCAUAUUGUAAACGGCUGGUUGGAGUUGUUAGUAAAAGACGUGAAGAAAGAAAAAAAAAGAUUCAACAACAAGAAGUUUUAAUAUAGUGUUAUUUCUUUACUAUCGAAGUUAAACUUUUUAUUUAAUUAUUUCGUCAUUUCGGGACGUUACUAGUUGACGAAUGAAACCAUUAUAGACAGUUGCUUAUUUCCGUGCUAUGUUAAUAUUCGUUUCACAUCAACUUCGAAUAUCCUUUGUCAGUAUAAUGUGCACUUAAACAGUGUAUGAAAACAUCAAAGCUUAAUUGUAAAUCCCCUUCACUUUUCUAGCAGCACUCAUUCAUGAGUGUGUGGGCAUAAUGUGUAUUUUAGUAGAAAGUAUUAGGAAAAUACAAUUUAUAUGAGUUUAACCUGAACUAAAAUGUUUUAAGCGAAUAUUAGUAAUUCUUUGUGUUGUCAAAUAUAAUGGAGUUUAUUGGAUCAAUAAGUGUGUAUUUGCGUAAAAGAUUUUCAAGGAAAUAAAAAUACAUUAAUAUAUGAAUUUGAUUCUUACUCUAUAGCUGUACCAUUCGCAAAAUAACCCUCAUGACAAACUC